UACCUGUUUUUCCUUAUGUCGUUAGCUAGUUGUCUAUGGUGGUAGUGGUUACAUCGAUGGCGUCCUCAUCGUCGCUCUUGUCAAGAAUCGACGCAGUAACGCCUCCUCCAAGCAUGGUUACCACGACACCAAGAGAGAGUUCCGUAGAUAUGUGCACGCCAAAGUAUUCCGCAAUGAGCUUGCCACCGAUAAAUCCCAGUACGACGGCUACGGCUUUGUCGAGGUACUUCAACUCGGACGCCGCCUUCGACAAAAUCACGUACAGGCUUCGCAGCCCCAUUAUAGCAAACAUGUUCGACGAAAAUACCACCAGCGGAUCCUGYACCGAGUGACAAAUCAAAUUCAGAGGCGAAGGAAAACAAACGAAUGAGAAACAAUGCUUUCUUCUUUUUCAGUGUUGAAAAACAUUAUCGUUUCGAGACAAUUCCUGCUAUGACACUGCCGGAAUUUCCCAGCACAYCUUUCGUUGCUACUAGUCUUACCUCGGUCACUCCAAAAAUGGCGGGGAUGCUGUCUACCGCAAACACCACAUCACUGAUCUCAACAGCAAUCAUGCACAACAACAUCGGGGUCGCCGUCCUCACGCCGUCUUCCAUGGUGAAGAAACGAUCCCCGUCAAAUUUGUCCGUCGAUUUGAAAAGGUUGUUGGCAAACUUUACGAUCGCAUUUUCGCUGAGGUCCUCAUCGUCGUCUUCUUCUUCUCCAACAAGAACCUUGAAMGAGCUGAACAGCAGAAUAGCAGCAAAUACGAGUAGCACCUCGUGGAUUUGGUUGAGGGCAACUGCUCCGGCUCCGAUCAUUGUUGCUCGCAUCACAAUGGAGCCGAUGAUGCCCCAAUUCAASACUCGGUUCUGGCACUCCAGUGGAACCUUGAAGUAUUCGAACAGAAGCAGGAACACAAGAAGGUUGUCGAUCGAUAAUGACUGCUCAAGGAGRUACCCGGCGUAGAAUUCACCGGAGGUCUCUGGUCCGGCUACAAAUAUCAACAGAAAUCCAUACCCAAUAGCAGCUCCUACCCAAUAUAGCGUCCGUCUAAUUGCUGUUUUGUACAGAUUUUGGUCGUCUUGUUCCACCCACAAACCGUUCGGUUUCAUSGUAGACGAAGUUGUUGCUGUUUCUUCUACGUCAGCUCCAUCGUGAAGGGAAGUACUGCUUCUCGAUGGAGGAAAAUGACUCGCAAUGUCUGUAAACUUGUCGGUCUGCAGAUUUAUUUCAAGAGAACCAUGUUGCCUUCGCUGCCGGUGUGGACAAUGUUGCAGUAGAUUGGUGGUCACCGGUGUCGACGGAACGUUUCGCACCCGAUUUGAUGGGACAAAAGCGUUUGCGAAAUGAGUUGUUCCUGCGUAUGAGACCACGAUAAGAAAUAUUCUGUAUAUUAUCGCUAUCAUCCUUCGUUGUUUCUUUUGUAUUACUUUGUAUAUUGUUUUGAUUUCCCUGCGUCGCCAACCCACGAUUGCGGAUAUGUAAGCUCCGGCACGUUCUCCUACUAACGAUAAAUCAAUGCGAUUCUCUAGA